GUUUUAGUUAUUCAGAUUAUAUCGCUGAUAAGAUAACAAUGAAGUCAAUUGUGUGCGUAAUCUUGAUAUUUACAGUUUGCUAUCAAAUGAAUGUCGUGUCAAACGUACCCAUUGAUCGCAUAAGACUUUGUAUUAUGAACUGUGGUCAAUGUAAAUCAAUGUACGGCCAGUACUUUUUGGGCCAACAGUGCGCUCAGCACUGUAUCGACCACAAGGAGCUACUGAUGAGCGGUGAGCUACAGGUGCCCGACUGUAAUGCCCCGCAUUCUAUACUUCCAUACAUACGGAAGUUAAUGGAUGAUACAGAUGCCAAAAAUGAUAUCAUUUAAUACAAACCUUAUUAAUCAUUAUUUUAACAUAAUAUAUUUUAUCAGUAUAUUACACUAUAAUAGAAAUCUAUAUUAUCAUUAAGUAAACAG